UGAAAUGAGCAUUUAUAUAAAGCGGCGUUUAAGGACACUGUCUGUUCCUCUUUCUUUUUUCUUUCCCCCCCUUUUUUUUGUAACCGGAGAGGUCGAUUUUCUUAUUUACAAAGGAUAAGCGUAUGGUGGGUGGGGUUUACGGAGCGUGCUGGGAGCCCUAGGGUGCGUUUUGUACUACACAUGCGCAGAGUCUUACCGGCGACGGCUGUAAGAAACAGUGGCCUAGCGAAUAAGGGGAUUACGGAGCCCAAUCUGACAGGCUGCACAAUGAGUCAAGGUAAGGACAAUGCACGACUCAAGAGCUACAAGAACAAAUCUCUCAACCCAGAUGAGAUGAGAAGAAGGAGGGAAGAGGAAGGUCUGCAGCUUCGCAAACAGAAGAAGGAUGAACAACUUUUCAAAAGGAGAAAUGUUGCCACCGUUGGGGAAGAUGGCACCCUGGAAGACGAUGGAAUGGCAGAUAGUGGCUACCUGGAAUCCCAGGCUAACAACAUGGACCCACUUAUGGGUGGGGUGAUUUCUGAAGACAUGAUCCAAAUGAUCUUCUCCAGUUCUCCUGAGCAGCAGCUAAUAGGCACUCAGCGCUUCAGGAAACUACUUUCUAAAGAGCCCAACCCACCCAUUGAUGAAGUCAUUGCCACCCCAGGAGUUGUGGAACAUUUUGUUGAGUUCCUAAAGAGGAGAGAAAACUGCACAUUGCAGUUUGAAGCUGCUUGGGUGUUGACCAACAUUGCCUCAGGCACAUCCAACCAGACACGGGUUGUAAUUCAGGCAGGAGCUGUGCCCAUAUUCAUAGAGAUGCUUUGCUCAGAUUUUGAAGAUGUACAGGAGCAGGCAGUGUGGGCCUUGGGAAACAUAGCAGGUGAUAGCACAGAAUGCCGAGACUUUGUCAUUGACUGCAACAUUUUGCCUUCCCUAGUGCAGUUAUUGGCUAAACAGAAUCGUCUAACCAUGAUGAGGAACGCUGUGUGGGCGCUCUCAAACCUGUGCAGAGGAAAGAACCCACCUCCAGACUUCUCAAAGGUGUCCCCGUGUCUCAGCGUGUUGUCUUGGCUGCUGUUUGUGAAUGACACAGACAUUUUAGCUGAUGCGUGCUGGGCGCUCUCCUACCUGUCCGAUGGCCCUAAUGACAAAAUCCAGGCUGUUAUUGACUCAGGAGUCUGUCGCAGACUGGUCGAAUUACUGAUGCAUUCUGAUUAUAAGGUUGUAUCUCCUGCCCUGCGGGCCGUUGGAAACAUAGUCACUGGAGAUGAUCGGCAAACACAGGUGAUUCUGAACUGUUCAGCACUGCAGUCACUCCUUCACCUUCUGAGCAGCCCCAAGGAGUCCAUCAAGAAGGAGGCCUGUUGGACAAUCUCAAACAUCACCGCAGGGAAUCGAGCACAAAUUCAGAUGGUGAUCGAUGCAGGUCUGCUGCCUCCUCUCAUCUCUAUCCUGCAAGUAGCAGAGUUCCGUACAAGGAAAGAAGCAGCAUGGGCUAUCACCAACGCUACUUCAGGGGGCUCCGCAGAGCAGAUUAGGCAUCUAGUGGAACUCGGCUGUAUAAAACCUCUUUGUGACCUCCUCACACUCAUGGAUUCCAAGAUUGUUCAAGUGGCUCUAAAUGGUCUUGAGAACAUCCUGCGACUGGGGGAACUGGAGGCUAAAAGAGGAGGAGGCAUCAACCCUUACUGUGCGCUCAUUGAAGAGGCCUAUGGUUUGGACAAGCUGGAGUUUCUGCAGGGCCAUGAGAACCAGGAAAUCUACCAGAAAGCCUUCGACUUGAUCGAGCGCUACUUCAACACUGAAGACGAGGAUCCAUCUCUGGCUCCGGCCGUUGACCUUCAGCAGCAGCAGUUCCUCUUCCAGCAGUGCGAGGCCCCCAUGGAGGGUUUCCAGCUAUAAUGAAAACCCUCCUUGCCAUCAUGCUCCACCUUCAUACUCACCUACCUUUACUUCUCUGUCUCUGCCCGCAGCCAAGAUUCAGGGUUAAAACAACCCUCGGCCUACUCUCCUCCUGCCCCUCUUCUCGUUGUCAGGGAGGCGGUUUUAAUCAUUAUCAUGAUUAUUAAGAGUGUAACAUUUAAGGAACAUGGGCCGGUUUCUGCAGUCUUGUCAGCCAGUUUGUGGAGGUUUCACUUAUUUUGUUUUGUGCUGACUUCUCUAGCAUCUAAUCUCCCUUCUGACCUGUUCAGGCCCUAGUAUCUCGCUGGCAGAUUGUCCUGGCAACAGCCUCCCCCUGUAUUUUUUUGGAGGAGGGGGAGGUUUCCUCCCCAGUACAUCUGGAAGAAAAGAGCCCCUAUCCUUCAUCCAGUCCGACUGGCAGGAGCUGUCUCUGAGUCAGCGGGGGUUUUGGACUGCACUGCUUGUCUGAAGCAUUAAUGACUCUCAAGAUAGACAGACAUCAACCGAGUCUCCCCCUCCCCUCUUCCCCUCCACACAGAGAAGAAUGAUCUAACCUAAGCACUGGACUGACCAUGGGACUUUGACCACAUGUAAGACUGUCUCACAGGACUCUUCUAACCUUUUAUGAAAAAGGCACUUAAAUGACUCAGAAAUGGAGGUUGGAUGCCGUUUCCUCCUCUCUAACCACAGAUAGACUAAUUGAAAAUUUGACUGUGUGGCUGUGGGGUGGAUCCUCCCUAACCAGGCUGCUUGCUCCCACCUGGAUUUCAUAUCAUUCCUCUAUCUACUAAUGGGAAAUUUCCACCUGCACAGGCUCCAUCCUCAAGAGUUUUGCAUCCUGCCUCCUGGUGUGACGUGAAUAGCCCCAUGGAGCCAUGGGAAUUGGAGUCUUCCCUCGCACUGAGACAAUUGGAUGGACUUGGACAAGACAAAACAGACUAUUUAACUUUGGAUUCUGUCCAGCAGCAAACCAGCGGGAAUUUUUACUAUCAUAACAUAAUUUCAUUUCAUUUGCAGCACUUUAGUUCUGGACUGAUGCCUGCUCAUCAACAGUAGUUUAUACAUUAGCUAUUUAAUUGGUUGGUGACAAGGCUCUUACCUCCUCAGGAAGCGAGGUGUAAAGAUGGGUGGUCUAUAACCCCGGCCCCCUCCUGGCAUUCAAAAGAUUACACUGUUUAUCCUUCCCUGAAGAGACUCAAUCAGAUUGUGGACUGAAGCUAUCAGCAGACACUUAUCACAAUCAAAAGAUCAUGUUGACUCAGUGAAGCUAGAACUUUAUUCUAAGCAACAAUUGGCUGUUUAGCUGUGAUAGUCUAAAGCAUGACAACACCCAUUCAAGUAGUAUUUUCCAAUUUGAUCAUGCCAAAUCUAUGCAUUUGUCAGCCCUUAGGCCUGAGAUUGGUCUUCUUUUAUUAUAAAAAUUUAAGGGUUAGCAUCUUUUGUGUAGCUGAUGGUGCCAUAAUCCUUCUACAGAAAUCCUUCCACAUAAUUUCAAAGAUCCAGAAUAAAACUUGAAAAUCCUGGUGAUCACUUUAGUUAGCACAGCUGAAUGUUUGUUGUUUGUUUACCAAGUCCUCUUUGCAUUGCUUACUUUUGUCAAAAUCUCAGCAAGAGAUUACCAGCUCUAUAUGUUCCUUGCUGUUUGUUGUAUUGAGUUUGUGCAUCUGUCCUCUGUUAAUGCCAUUUGCAUAAAAGUUGUUUCAUGAACUUC